CCUGAAACCCGUGUGAAGAAAAUGAAGGAUUCUUGGAGAUCACAGCGGCUGAACCCUAUAGGGCGCCUUGUAGCUUUCUGCUGUGGCAGGGUCCUGCUGGCCGUCCUGCUCCUGUUCUUGCCGUCAUCUAUCUUGGGCCAGUGCCAAUCCCCACCAUGGUUUUCAUUUGCCAGCCGUUUAAAUGGAACUGAUGAAUCUGUGUUUCCCAUUGGAACAUAUUUGAUGUAUGAAUGUCGCCCAGGACAUUUCAGCAGGCAUUUCUUCAUCAUCUGUCAACAAAACUCAGACUGGACAAGUGCUGAAAAUAUAUGUAUACGCAAACAAUGUGAAACUCCUAAAGAUCUUGACAAUGGCAAAGUACACGUACUCACAGACUUUCGGUUUGGGUCCAUUAUUAAUUAUACUUGUAAUACAGGAUACCGCCUCAUUGGUUCCUCCUCUGCUGUAUGCAUAGUCUCAGAUAAAACUGUCACUUGGGAUAAUGAGGCACCUGUUUGUCAGAUAAUUCCUUGUGAACCACCCCAAGCCAUUGCCAAUGGAGAUUUCCUUGCUCCUACAGAAGAUUUUCAUUAUGGGAUGGUGGUUACCUAUCGCUGCAAAACUGAUGAGAGAGGGAAGAAUCUCUUUAACCUGGUGGGUGAGCCAUCCUUACACUGUACCAGCACUGAUGGUAAAGUUGGAGUCUGGAGUGGCCCUCCUCCUCAGUGCAUUGAAAUCAAGAAAUGUACACCUCCUCAUGUUGAAAAUGCAUUCAUGGUGUCUGAAAACAGAAGCUUGUUUUCCUUAGGGGAUAUUGUGGAAUUUAGAUGUCAGCCUGGAUUUAUGAUGGAAAGAAACAGCAGUGUGCAAUGUAACAAACUAAACAAAUGGAAGCCAGAGUUACCAAGCUGCUUCAAGGUGAAAUCCUGUGGUGUUUUCCUGGACCAGCUUCCUAAUGGGCGUGUGCUAUUUCCACUAAAUCUUCAACUUGGGGCCAAAGUGUCCUUCGUUUGUAAUGAAGGGUUUCAAUUAAAAGGCAGUUCUGCUAGUCAUUGUAGUCUGUCUGGAAGGGAAAGUAUUUGGAAUAGCAGUGUUCCUGAGUGUGAAAAAGUGAAAUGUAAGCUCCCAGAGAUAAGUGAAAUCCGGAAGGAGUUGAAAGUGAAAGAAUAUUACUAUGAAAAUAAUGUAACCUUGGAAUGUGAGGAUGGUUAUACUCUAGAAGGCAACCCUCAGAGCAAGUGCCAGUCAAAUGCCAGCUGGUUUCCUCCUCUGGGCAAAUGUGUACCUUACUCAAACAGUAGUCUCAUUACUGGCAUUAUCUUUGGGAUAAUCUUUGUUAUUUUAUCCAUCAUUGUUCUCUGUUGGCUGAUUCGAAAAUAUAAAAAAGGCAAAACCACAGACGGAAAGUGUAAAGGAGUGAGUAUCCAUUUAAAUCCUCAAGAAGACAGCUGUAAUCACCCUCAAGCUCUGCUCACCAGUCAGGAGAACAGCAGCUCGGAAUUCACUCACCCAAGAAGCCUCCUAAAUAGCCAUAUUGCAAAAUGAUGUGUCUCUCUGAAUAUUAAAACAUAUCCUGUCUGUAUCACUUUUAAAAUAAAUAUUUUCUUUUAAGAGCCAGAUGUGUGGUUCAUACAUGUAAUUCCAGCACUUGAGAGGCUGACGCAGGAUUGCCACAAGUUCAAAGUUCCUCAGGGCAUUUAACCUGUCUCAGAAAUAAAAAAUAAAUAAAAAUUAAAAAA